UGUGUAGCACAUCCCAAACCUGCUAGGAGGCUCUUUUUAGUACUGACAACCCAGUGAGUGAGGCCAAGGGCAAUACUGACCUGAAGUAACCUGUCCUGUGGUUUGACUCUGAGCCUCUUUGGCGUACGGCACAGUCGGAGUUGGGGCCAGGAAAAGUUGGAGUUACUGUACCUGUGACCAUGACGGACACACCCGAGGACGUUCACCACAGACUGUGGCAUGUUUUAACCCCUGGUAUCCCGAGGGAACAGUCACAGGAGCUGUACCGUACUUGGGCCCCCCUGUAUGAACAGGACAUGAAGACAUCACAGUACAACGGACCCCGUCAGGUAGCCCAGACAUUAGUGAAGGCUCUGGGGAGCAGAAGUGAUGCUCACAUUCUGGACGUAGCUGCGGGGACGGGGUUCGUUGGAGAGGAGCUCCAGAAGCUGGGCUUCAGUAAUCUGGACGCCCUGGAUGCCAGCCAGGAGAUGCUGGACAUCGCCCAGACCAAACAUGUGUACAACAACUUCAUCCUGGACUUCCUGGGGACUAACAGGUUAAACAUAGAGGAUGACACGUAUGAUGCGACCACCUGUUGCGGGGCGUUCUGUGAAGGUCAUGUGAAGUGUGACUGUCUGGAGGAGCUCAUCAGAGUGGUCAAACCAGGUGGUUUUGUGUGUGUCGGGAUCAGGAAGUUCUUCCUGGAGACAGUGGAGGAGUAUCACAAGCUGGAGCCACUCAUGGCAGACCUGCAGCGCAGGGGAUUGUGGGAACCCGUGUCACGUCACGUCACACAGGACUACUGCGAAGGCUACGACGGAGUCGUCUUUCUUUUUAAAGUCAAGUGAUUGAGGAUUAGACUGCAGUAAUGUAGUACAUGAUAGGAUUUUUUGUCGCAUAUUAAACGUAACGGUCAUCAACAAUUAAAGGAACAUGCUGUACAUCAA